AUGUCUCAACAAAACUAUCCCCCGCCACCCAUGACAGCUCCGGCCCAUAUAACCUCAUUUGCACAAUCCCAGAACCCAACAGCUGCGGCUCCCACCUACCAUUAUCCACCUCCCCCAGGGCAACCGCCUCAAGGUGGAGCAUAUACCUCGGCCACUCCGCCGGCAGAGAGCCCGCAAACCCAUCGACACACCUCUUCGGCCGGGGGAUACGUAUCGUCUAGUGGAGGAUAUGCAGCCCCACCGAUUGGGGUAUAUGCAGCUCCCCCGAAGUCCGUGAGCCCUCCCCAGGAUCCAAUCGCUCAGCACAAUCAAGCUGCUUUCGAGCAAAACAGUGUUAUUGGAAUGCAGAAAAUGCCCGGAGGAGCCCCGGCGUAUGGAGAAUUCAGCGGAGCAAAAGAAAGCAACCAAGAUGAUACUGGGGUUUUCAACGGCGGAAGUUUCAGGAUCAGCCAUCGAGAUACCAACUCUGUUUUGACAGUGCAACUGGCCAUGGGUUGUCCUUUGACUAUUAGACCUGGUGCGAUGAUAGCAAUGUCUCCAACGCUAACACUGAAAGGAAACAUCUCGUUUUCAUGGAAGAAACUCAUCAUCGGGGGUAGUAUGACUAUGUCCCAAUACACCGGUCCCGGUGAGCUUCUAGUGGCACCUUCGAUGUUGGGAGAUAUCAUGGUUAUUCGGAUGGAGGAACCAGAUGAAUGGAAAAUUGGACGUGACGCCUUUCUUGGACAUACUGCUGGUGUCGAGCAUAAGUACCAGGCCCAAGGCCUAACCAAAGGUGUUUUCUCCGGCGAAGGACUUUUCGUCUACAAGAUAACAGGGACUGGACUACUUUGGAUCCAGAGCUUUGGUGCAAUCAUCCAGAAAGAUCUUCGCGAAGAUGAAUCAUACUUCGUUGAUAACGGCCAUCUUGUGGCGUGGAACUGCAAGUACAGAAUGGAGCGUGUGGCUUCUGGUGGUAUCAUCUCCGGCAUUAGUUCUGGCGAGGGUCUUGCGUGCAGGUUUACAGGGCCUGGAACUGUCUAUUUACAGACCAGAAACCUGAAUGCAUUUGCUGCUCAGAUGAAGAUGAGUACUGCAAGUGCGUAA